AAAAAGAAAAAGAUUCUUAUUGUUUCGGUAAAAAAUUAGGCCCCAUAAAAGUAAUAGGCAUGACAGACGAGUCUGGUAGUGCUAUAGUAUCGGCACAUUGUUUCUUGGGCGUUGAAAGCUACUUUSAAGAACCAUUGGAAUCGUCAACUGGUUUAGGUAUUUUGUUGGCAAAUAAAUUAGAUCCGCAACUGUUUAAAAUCGAAAAAGAUGAUAUAGUUUAUAAAUAUUUUUCUAUUCCACAUGAGGGCAAGUUUCUUCUCAUACCAAUUUUACAUCAUCUAUUUCAUGAAUUUUCAAAUAAGUACUAUUUAAAGUAAUUGUGGUAUUUUCUGAAUGUAUUUUAUUUCAUGAUAUGAAUUAUUUAAAAGAAUUUUGAUACUGCCAAUUUUUUAUUUUACGAACAGAUGGAUUCACAAGCGCAAAAAAUUUGAUAUUUCUGGUUGCUACAAAUCAGAGGUAAAACGAAAUGAAAACAAUUUGGCUGUGGAUGGAAAUGAAGUUUUUAAUAUGUUAAAAACUAUUUCUGCACAAUUAGAAGUACUGACGACAAGAGUAUCCAAUAUGGAGAAAAAGAUGGACAGCUAUAUGAAAGAAAAUAUAAUUCAUAAAAGCGAAGAAAUGGCGCAACAAAAAACUGUGCGCGAAUGUAAAGUUUUAAUUAGAAAAAUUCACCAUUCAGUAUGCCGACUGACUGGGGAAGAAAUAGAUAAGUUGCCUCCACGCUACCAAUAACAACGAUAGCUGCAGCAUUUGAAAUGGACGAGAAACUGAAAUGCGAGGAAUUUGCUACUGCAACGGUUAGUUUUUUGCUAAAUAUUUUCAAUUUACAGAAACAGUUUAUUUUAAAAACAAAGGAAAAUUGAGAUAAUUUACAUGAUAUGCUGAGACAUAUAUACACUGACGAAUUUUUGUUUUUAUGUAACUGGGACGGUAGAGKAGGGAAACAACCCCUAUCGAAAUUUCUACUUGCAUCUAACAUAUUAUAUGGUAAAUUUAAUAUAUAUGUACAUAUUUAGUUA